CUAAUCAAACAAACAUAUUUAAAGAUUCCAUACACUUUUGCUGCUGAGAUGAACUGUAGGCGUCGCAACACCGUUAACUAUAAGCAGAAAGAAAGGACAUGCACACUCAACUAUGACAAGGAGCGCGUCUGGGAAUCGGACUACCUGUGGGCCAAGUGCAAGGAGCUCAAGUUGGAGGAGGAGUAUCUGAAGUACCAGGUCCGCCUGAUGAACAGUUACCUGGGAGUCUUCUUCCUUCUGCAUAUUUUGGUCGUCGCAAGCUAUACAAUAGUGAUGUUAACUUUGACCAAUCAAAACACGGAGCGCAUCUAUCCAAACGUGGCUAUCUUCAUAUUCAAUAGUGUCGUUAUGUUGGCUGUGCUAAGUAUCAAUUUCUUGGAGGACUUUGUGCAGCGACACAGAUGGCUAAUGGUGGUGACAUCGGCACUGGCCGUGCUUAGCUUAGUAGCCUCAGACUUGGGACUUAACGCAUAUCAAUAUAUCUUCCACGACUGGCCCCUCAGUGCAGAAAUGGAUAUUUACGUCCUCUGCAUAAUCUAUAUGUUCCUGCCGAUUACCUCCAUCAGGACGGCAGCUAUCCUUGGUUUCGUUGUUAGUGGUCUCUAUGUGUUUUACUUUCUGCAAGUGCUCUCCUCUCUCGCGGUGUACGCUUCUCGCACUUCGCACGGCCAUGACGCGAUCACGAUCGACAUCUUCCACUAUUUGGGCUUCAACAUGCUGGGCAUUUUCUUCCGCAUGAUGAACGACACUAUGGUUCGGGCGUCGUUUCUCGACCGCCAUCAGUUCAUCAUGGAGGAGAACUGGCUGAACCACGCCUUGAAUCAGGAGGCAAUGCUGCUGCAUAACAUUUUGCCGCCGCAGAUCGCCAAGACAUACAUGGGGAGCAUCAAGAACAAGAUCAUGCAGGCGGAUAGUGACACGGAGUUCGGAUUACGGAACUACCAGAGCUCCAUGGCCGUGCAGAUCCAUUCAGACGUGAGCAUCCUGUACGCGGACGUGGUGAAUUACACUCACCUGACCACGACUUUGUCGGUGGAGAGUUUGGUAAUGGUGCUGCACGAUCUCUAUGGUCGGUUCGACGUGGCUGCCGCUAUGUACAAGGUCCAGAGAAUCAAGUUCCUGGGCGACUGCUACUACUGUGUGGCCGGUCUGGUUGAGCCCGACCCAGAUCAUGCGGAGAAUGCCGUGUCCCUGGGCCUCUCCAUGAUUUCCCACAUCCAGGAAGUGCGGGAAACACGCGAUCUGGAUAUCGACAUGCGCAUAGGAAUCCACUCGGGAAGUCUCUUCGCCGGGGUUAUUGGCCAGGCCAAGCUGCAGUUUGACAUUUGGGGAGCUGAUGUGGACAUUGCCAACCAUUUGGAGGCUACGGGUAAAGCGGGCUACGUUCACAUCAGUGGCAGGACUUUGAGCAACUUAACCCCGUCCAUGUACACGAUUCUUCCGGGAACGGAAGAAGCCCAGAAUGAUCCCGUGCUGCAGAAGCACCCGAUGAACACAUACCUCAUAAACGGCACUUCGUCGGCGAUCCCGUCGAAAAGGAUCACAUAUUAUAGGCGGCAACAAUCAGUCAUUGACAUCAAGUCACGACCAGUUCAGGGCGCCCCAGAAACUAACACGAUGGCCGAUGAGCUGCGAGAGGACUUUCGCAAUAUGCCAGUGGGUGGUUUUGACUAUCGACGCAUAUUUCCAUGCUCUCCUCGACAUGGCGAAGCUCCACGAAAAACACGGCGGGAAAUCGGAAUGUGUUGUACGACGUUCAGAGAUUCAACGCUAGAAUGGAACUAUCAGAAACAGCCGGACUUCAUUUUCAAGCGCUCAAUACUGAUGGCCUGGCUAAUUGGGGUUUGCUUGAUCUACAUUCAGGUGAUAGGAAAGUUUUGCAUGAUGUGCGUAGUGGUCGAUGCGUGUGUGCUCAUUUUCCUGACAUUUCUACUGUUCAUCUCGUGGUUCAAGAAAGUGUGCUGGUGGAAAUAUGGAAAAAAUACAGAGGACAAGCAGUACAGCAAAUUUUGUUGUAUGAUAUUUCACUUGCACGAAAAGAUCCUGCACAGUUUACUUCUGAGGAUUUUGUGCUAUAUUUCAAUUAUAAUCUGUUACUGCACCGUGUUCGGCAUGAUCCUGAUAACCUGCGAUCACGAAGUGUUUGAGUUGGAAUACAUUGAGAGCAAGCUCUAUCGCUACGAGGUGAAUCGUGACACCUGCUUCCAUCCGUGGGCCGUCACGAACAUGAUGGCGCUCAUUCUGGGAAUGACCUACACAUUCGCCCGGAUACCGUUCGCCCUCAAGGCCUGCAUCACCUGCUUGGAGACCUUCAGCUAUCUGAUUAUCUUAUUUUCCGAAUACCAGUUUGUAUUCCAACAUAGCAACACCACGAUUCCCUAUAUGCGAGCAGAGAUCGCGCACUGUAAUCGCAUUUUGCUCAUGUUUGUCACUCUAUACGUGAAGGAGCAGCAGGUUGAAUUCAAUGCCAAAACCAACUACAGGCUGAACCUGAAUUUGAAGAACAAGCAAACGGUGGCCAGUGCAACCAACCAAUCCAUCAUAAUUCUCCUUAACAAUAUUCUUCCAUCUCAUGUUGUCGAACUUUAUCUUUAUAAAUUAGGCAAAGCCGAGCUCUACUAUGAAAAUUACCCAAUGAUCUCCGUAAUGUUUGCUAAGCUAAUGAACUUCAAAAUGGAUUUGACCAGUCUACGCGUGUUAAAUUGCAUAAUCACUGAGUUCGAUAUUCUGCUGAGUCGCUACAAGGAGUAUUACUUGGUGGAAAAAAUCAAGGUCGUUGGCUGCACGUAUAUGGCAGCAUGUGGGUUAGAUUUCUCCCUGGCAGCAAAGGUUCGAAGAGGAAAUUCGUUUAGAGAAUCCCACCACUUACCGGUUAGGCGUACCUUGGACAAUACAGAUCCCGAUUCCGAGUUUGACACCCAAGACGAAGUAGUCUACCUGAUGACAACCUUCGCUUUGGACCUGAUGCGCACCCUGGCAUCCUGCAACAGGGCGUACGCGGAAACGCCCUUUGAUCGGAGUCUGUCUAGCACCGAGAUAGCCAUUGGGAUUUCCAGCGGCGAGAUCAUGGCUGGGGUAGUGGGCGCCUCACAGCCGCAUUACGACAUUUGGGGCAAUCCGGUGAACAUGGCCUCGCGGAUGCAGUCGACGGGUCUGCCGGGCCACAUCCAAGUGACCGAGGAGUCUGCCAAAAUUCUCAUGGACUUCGAUAUUGUCUGCCAUAAGCGUGGUCUGACCUAUGUGAAGGGACGUGGUAAAAUACCCACAUAUUUUGUGGCUAUUGAUGAUAAACUAAAAUUUUAUUCGACCACCUCGGAGCUGAGAUCGAGAGCUUCGAGGCGUUUCACUGUCAUGUCAAUGAUUCAAUCGUCGGUUCACUCAUCCAGUAGCGGUGACAACAGUGAGGACUAUCGGAACAAGGAGGAGGUUGAGUCGGAGAAUGAGUCGGAGAAUGAGGCACAGAAUGAGUCGGAGAAUGAGGCGGAGAAGGAGACGGAGAUUAAGACGGAGAAUAUGAAAUAAUAGCUUGUUUAUUUCAUCUAUGUUUACAUAAAUAUAUAUAUUUUUUAAACUUUA